AGUUCAUAGUGCGCAUUCCUUGUGGGUAUUGUUGAUUUCUCCAAGGAGGCUUCCCUCCCUUUACGUGACCCCGGAUGACGUAGCUCAGAAUUGAAUGGUAGAAGCGGGUCUUUCACUUGCAGGAAAACACGCGUGAAAGUUUACCUUUUAAAAUAACUACAGCAGCGAUGCACUUUCAACUAAAACAUCUACUGCGCCUGAACCGCUGCGUGUCUGUUCAGCGCAAGAGGACACUCGGGAAGACUCUGUGGGCUGUGUCCGCAGCAAAACAACGUGGCGUUAGACAAGCAGGAUCGCAUGCAUCUGCAGACAUCGGGAAGUAUUUCGCCCUGCAGUGCAGCAGAAGCUAUGCAUCCGACACGGCGUACGAGCGAGCCUUCGCUGCAGCCAGGGACAAGCCCGAGGCAUUCUGGGGUGAGGUGGGACAGGAUAUCAACUGGUUUGAGCCGUGGAGUAAAACUUUGCACGUUGAGGAUCCAGUGUUUCCAAACUGGUUUGUUGGAGGGAAGUUGAACAUGUGCUACAAUGCUGUGGAUCGUCAUGUAGAGAGCGGCCGUGGAGAACAGCCUGCCAUCAUUUAUGACAGCCCAGUGACUGGAACUAAACAGAUCAUCACUUUCAGGGAACUUCAGGACCAGGUGUCCAGGUUAGCAGGGGUCUUAGCGAAGUAUGGGGUCCGGAAAGGAGACCUGGUAGUCAUCUACAUGCCUAUGGUGCCACAAGCCAUGUUCACCAUGUUGGCCUGUGCCCGGAUUGGUGCCCCCCACAGCCUUAUCUUUGGCGGCUUCGCUUCCAAAGAGCUUUCUGUCCGCAUUGAUCAUGCCAAGCCCAAGCUGAUGGUUACAGCCUCAUUUGGCAUCGAGCCAGGCAGAAGAGUGGAGUACAUCCCUCUGGUGAAGAAGGCCUUGGAGCUGAGCUCUUACAGGCCCUCUAAAGUCCUCAUCUACAACAGGCCUAACAUGGAAAAAGUACCAAUGAGUCCGGAGUUGGGUCUGGACUGGGAGGAAGAGAUGGCCACAGCUCGGCCGCAUGACUGUGUUUCUGUUCCCUCCAACCACCCUCUCUACGUCCUCUAUACAUCCGGCACCACUGGAACACCAAAGGGUGUUGUGCGAGACACUGCAGGCUAUGCCGUGAUGCUGAAAUGGACCAUGUCAAAUAUUUAUGGACUCAGUCCUGGAGAUGUUUGGUGGGCAGCGUCAGACCUGGGCUGGGUGGUCGGCCAUUCAUACAUCUGCUACGGUCCUCUGCUCCAUGGUAACAGCACUGUUCUCUAUGAGGGUAAACCUGUGGGGACUCCAGACCCUGGGGCGUUCUUCCGUGUCCUAUCUGAACACGGUGCCACCUCCUUGUUCACAGCACCCACCGCCAUCCGAGCCAUUCGCCAGCAGGACCCCCAUGCUGCAGUUGGGAAAAAAUACCCCCUGUCCAGGUUGCGGUCAUUAUUUCUGGCAGGAGAGCGAUGUGAUGUGGAGACGCUGGAAUGGGCAAAGAGGAGCUUUGGGGUUCCUGUCCUGGAUCACUGGUGGCAGACGGAAACUGGCUCACCUAUCACCUCCUCCUGUAUCGGUCUGGGGAACUCGCUCACGCCACCUGCAGGUCAGGCUGGCAAACCUGUUCCGGGUUACAACGUCACAGUGAUCGAUGAUGACAUGCAGGAGGUGAAACCAAGAACUCUGGGAAAUAUUGUGGUGAGACUACCUUUACCACCUGGUGCAGCUUUGUCACUGUGGCAGAACCACAAUCUGUUCACUAAGCUCUACUUCACCAAGUUCCCAGGUUACUAUGACACUAUGGAUGCAGGUUUUGUGGAUGACGAGGGUUUCCUUUACAUCAUGUCCCGGUCUGAUGAUGUCAUCAACGUGGCAGGCCACAGGCUGUCAGCUGGAGCAUUGGAGGAGUCAGUGCUGCUGCACCCUGCAGUGGGAGACUGUGCUGUGGUGGGUCUAGAAGACACUCUGAAGGGUCUUGUUCCAUUAGCCCUGUGUGUACUCAAGAAUGGUGUGCAGAAAAAUGAAGAAGAGAUCAUAAAUGAGAUGGUGAAGCUUGUAAGAGACACCAUCGGACCCGUGGCUGCCUUUAGGAAAGUGAUUUUUGUCCGAGGAUUGCCGAAGACGCGCUCUGGCAAAAUCCCUCGCUCCUCUUUAGCCAACCUGGUCAACGGCAAGCCCUACAAGAUCACUCCAACCAUCGAGGAUCCAGAAGUCUUCAAAGACAUCGAAAGGCAGGUAGAAAAAGCUCUGAGCACUCGCUGAGCCUGAACUCACUCCAGGUGCUGCAAAUUUAAACUAAAAUGUGUGAACCUUCUUAUAAGUCAAGUUGAAGGUAGACCUCGAUGUCAGUAAGUUUUACAGGGCUAAUAUUUCCAUUUGUAUGUAACCUGAAACUAUACUGCAUAGUCAUAAUUAAUGAGCAGAGGCAAGGUACGGCUACUGUAAGUAUAAAAUAAUGCCCUUGAGCCAUAAACAUGUUGAAUGGAGAAAUAAUGAAGAAAACUCAUUUACUGACAGUAGUUUUCUUUUUUUUUAUUGACAAUGAAAAUUUGCUUGCUCACCACUUAGUUUUGACCGAAGUACAAGAAGUAAUAAAUAAAAAAAUGGACACAAAAUAAAA